CCACCCGCAAGAUCCGUUCUGUCGUCCGGUGAGAAAGAACUUGCAAUUAAUCGGAGCACGGGAUCUGCUGCAAGUCCCGCAUCCGAUCAAUCACCGCGCAAAUCACCGAAAAACCCCGUCUGCAAUCAAUGGCCUCGCUGCUGAAGCUCUCGGUUACCGGGCUCCGGGCGUACGGUGCCCGCAGCCACCAGCUCCUGUUACGGCGGAAUAAGGUUAGCAAUGCCGAUCAGUUCCGGGCCGCCCUGGUCAACGUACCACCGACCGAGGUGACGACGCUCGAUAGCGGGCUGCGGGUGGCAAGCGAAGACUCGGGCUCGCAGACGGCCACGGUCGGGCUGUGGAUCGAUGCCGGUUCCCGCUACGAGAACAACGCCAACAACGGUGUGGCGCACUUCCUCGAACACAUGGCGUUCAAGGGUACGGCCAAACGCUCGCAGACCGAUCUCGAGCUGGAGGUGGAGAACAUGGGUGCGCAUCUGAACGCGUACACCUCCCGCGAACAGACCGUCUUCUAUGCCAAGUGCCUGGCGAAGGACGUGUCGCGCUCGGUCGAGAUACUGUCCGACAUCAUCCAGCACUCGAAGCUGGGCGAGGCCGAGAUCGAGCGGGAACGGGGUGUGAUCCUACGGGAAAUGCAGGAAGUCGAGAGCAACCUGCAGGAGGUGGUGUUCGAUCAUUUGCACGCGACCGCCUACCAGGGUACACCGCUCGGCAACACCAUUCUCGGACCGACCAAGAACAUCCAAUCGAUCGGCAAGUCCGAUCUGCAGGCGUACAUCAGCACCCACUACAAGGCACCGCGCAUCGUGCUCGCCGCCUCCGGUGGCGUGCAGCACGGCGAGCUGGUUAAGCUGGCCGAGCAGCACCUGGGCAAGAUCAGCGCGACCGUCGACGGGGCGGCCCAGCUGUCACCGUGCCGGUUCACUGGCUCGGAGGUGCGCGUCCGGGACGAUUCGCUGCCCCUGGCGCACGUCGCCAUCGCCGUCGAGGGGUGCGGUUGGACCGACCAGGACAACGUCCCGCUGAUGGUGGCCAACACGCUGAUCGGUGCGUGGGAUCGCUCGCAGGGCGGUGGCGCGAACAACGCGUCCCAGCUGGCGGUUGCGUCCGCCACCGACAACCUCUGCCACAGCUACCAGUCGUUCAACACCUGCUACAAGGAUACCGGCCUCUGGGGCAUCUACUUCGUGUGCGAUCCGCUCCGGUGCGAGGACAUGCUGUUUAACGUGCAGGGCGAGUGGAUGCGCCUCUGCACGAUGGUCACCGAAGCCGAGGUCGAGCGCGCCAAGAACCUGCUGAAGACGAACAUGCUGCUGCAGCUGGACGGUACGACGCCGAUCUGCGAGGACAUCGGGCGCCAGAUGCUGUGCUACAACCGGCGCAUCCCGCUUCACGAGCUCGAGCAGCGAAUUGAUAGUGUUACUGCUCAGAACGUGCGCGAUGUGGCCAUGAAGUACAUCUUCGACCGUUGCCCGGCUGUCGCUGCGGUCGGACCGGUCGAGAACCUGCCCGAUUACGUCCGCAUCCGCUCCUCCAUGCACUGGGUUCGCGUCUAAACGCUAGCACGAACACCGGCGCUAAUCACAACCUGCCUCACCCUCCAGCCAGCCGGCCAGCCUUCUCCAUUAAUCGCCGAACGAAGAUUGUACUCCCUUCCCAUUGGUUUUGUUUUAUAAAUUCCGCCGCCCGCCCGCCUAUCUUCGUACAUCAUUCGAUCGGCUGGAAAUGGCCCAAAUCGAUCGGUAUGGGCGGCGAGGCGGGUGCGAUGGCGCACGUGGCCCUGCGACCACACUACACUCGUUCCUUCCGAUCAUGUAUAAAUAGUAGGAAAGAAAAAACAAAUUUCAGGAGAUCGACUGUUGCGUAAUGUAAUGCGAUAAACAAUAAAUGUAAAAAGCAACCGAAUCAAACCUCC